CGAACGCGUGCGACUGCUCGCCGUCCAUCAGCCAUCAUGUUUAAAAAAGACAUCCAGCCGUCGCCCAAGCAAAAGCUCAAGAGCUCCGUCCAGCGCUCGCUGCGCCAGUCCCUCCUCGCGACGUACCCGCUCCUGACGCCGCACAUCGACGAGAUCCUGCCCAAGAAGGCCUCGCUCUCAAGCAUGAAGCUGACGGACCGCAACACGCUCUACGUCCUCGACGCCGAGCCCCUCUUCUACCAGCAGGACGUCUCCUCCACCAUCCUCCCCCACCUGCGCCUCGUCCACCGCUUCCCCCAGAGCUUCCCCACGGUACGCAUCGACCGCGGCGCCAUACGCUUCGUCCUCUCCGGCGCCACCCUCAUGGCGCCCGGGCUGACCUCCAAGGGCGGGCGCCUGCCGCGCGAGGGCGCGCACAAGGGCCCGCCCGAGGACGGCAAGGAGAUGGACCAGAACGCCGACGACGAGGGCCGCUGGAGCAGGGAGCUGGCCAAGGGGGAGCCCGUCGUCAUCAUGGCCGAGGGCAAGGAGGAGGCCUGCGCCGUCGGCACCCUCGUCACCGGCACGGACGAGGUCAAGGCCAAGGGCAAGGGGCCCGUCGUCGAGGACGCGCACUUUCUCGGCGACGGCCUGUGGAAGCUGUCCACCGAGUGAAGGCAGGAUGAAGGGGCGUUUCGGUCGCGGCGGCGGCGGCGAAGACGGACGGGGCUGGGCUGUUUGUUGGUCGAACCCAUCUCGUAUACAGCGACGAACGACCUCGAGGCCGCUGCGCGCGUGCGUGCGAGGCCGCGCGUAGCUGCCACCGACCGGGUCAUGGAGGGCAUUUCAGCAAAGAGAAAUGAGCAGCAGGAGCAUUUCAGCGCGCAGCAUUGUCCGACCGACCCCGCCGCCGUUGGCGAGAUGCGACAGAAGCUCAUCGCGGCUUUUGGGCGGCAAAAAAAAAAAAAGGCAAAAUGCCACCAUCAUGUACCCAACGUAUGUAGGUAGGGAGCACUCGAUACGCAGCGUGUCAAGAUUUGAAUCAA